CAGCAGAGUGUGGGCUGGAGCUCUGGAGCUCUGCUGCUCCACACACCUACUUCCUGCAAUCCUGGCAAUCACCAAUAGUGUAAACCCCAGGUUCUGACGUGGCUGACUCAGCAAGGGCUUGGCUCAAAACAAACACUUCCACACACGGAGCUGCAGCCUGGGAAGUGGUAACAGGAGGCACUUGAAGAGAAGAAGGAAUUGGGCAUUUUCAGUGUUCUGGGUCCAACCUGGCUGAAUCCUCCCUGGACUUGCUUCUUCCAGCGUUCCAUGUACCGGUGAAGGUGGUGGCCACAACUCUGAGUGCUUCAGCAGUUUCUCCUCGCUGCCUGUUGGACUUGGGUGCUGCUCCCACACAGACUCAUUCCUGCAGCAGAGAUUUAAUACCCUCAGCCACUGCCGUUCCUUCUCCUCUGAAGGAGGAGACUCCUUCAUAGCCAAGACAGGCCACCCGCUCCUGAGCACAAGGACCUAGUGAGAGCUUUGCAUUUCCUGCACUACCAGCCUCUCUGUUUUCCUUCCAGCUACGAGAAGAGGGAAGAGGUUGUUCCUGUUGUGUGACUUGCUGCAGGUCCUGCGGCUUCAGCCCAGCACCUGGCUGUGAAGAGUCAGCAGCUUCCUGCUCCUCGCUGCCCUCCAUCAGCAUGGAUACGUGGCGGAGAGGCUCCAUCAAGUCCACAACCUUCUUCAGACGUUUCUCACUCAGGAGACACAAAAAGCUGGGCAACCAAGUCAUCCUCUUGAAUCAGAACAGCCACACUCUGGACAGUGAUGGACAGUGCCAGAAGAGGGAAUGCUUGAGGGACCUGAAGGACAAGUCUGAUUACCUGUCAUGUCAGAGUGAGCAGAACCUGGCCAAGGCACAAGCACCUCCCAAGCCUCCCCGGCUCUACCUGGACAGUUCUAGCUGCCCUAACAUCAUUGAUCACACAGAUUCUCACUCUGACAUCUCCUUCUCUGGUACUACUCAUCAAUACCACAAAGCCACUCAGACUCAGUUCUACAAGGACCAGACUACAGACUGCGGGACCCCAGAGGCAGGUUCCCAGAAUGGCACCACUCUGCCUGACCUGUCUGACCCCUUCCUGUCCUUCAAAGUGGAUUUGGGGCUAUCACUUCUUGAGGAUGUUCUGCAGACCCUCAGGAAACAGAACCCAAGGGACUACGCCAUCUGAAGGUAUUUAGCAUUUAAUAGAUCACAUUUCCCUGCUGCUGCUGCUGCUGCCAGUUUCUCCAGUCCUAUGAGGAAGGAUGCUGCAGCAUUCCUGUUGUGUGUGGCCCGUUCUGUUGUCCUCACUUCACCCACCACAGACCAUCCUUGUCCUUGCUAAGGAGUCCUCUGGAGCAGUGCUCACAAGCUCAGACCAGAGCACUGCCUGCUGGAACAUCGUAGGCAAGCUUCCCUUCUCCACACUGGGAAUCUCCCACUCCUGACUGUGCAUCUCCUCCUCAUGGACAAAGGGAAUUGUUUGGCAAGAGACUUGUUUUGGGGAUGUGGCUGUGACCCUGUGGAGCACGGACAGAAGGAGACAUGGCACACAUCCUUUGUGGGUAAGCAGCCUGCACAGAGACAGCAACACUGCACCUCAAAGCCAUAGCUACAGCAAGGAUCAAGAGACAAAAUUCUCCUCCCACCAGGUCUGGAUGUGAAAAAUCAAAGCUGUUCCUCCUUUUAAUUUUUCCUGUUUUUCUUGUGGGUUUCUCUUCCCCCAAGUCAAGUGCAGUUGGCCUGGAAACAGGUAAGCACCCAUCUAGGUGGUUUGUUUACCCUACUAGCAGGAAAAGGAAUGUCUCUAGAUACUGCUGCUUGAAGCAUGCACUGAUCUAUCAGCUGUACAGAUGUGGAAGAAUAAACGUGUCUGUGACUGGAA